GUGCUUGCGUCCUUGUGUUUUCUGAAUUUUUUCGAUCACUUCAGUAAAGAAUAGCCUGGCUAAUUGAGGAAUCUUGGUUCAAAUCUUGCCAAUGUCAUUCAUAAAACAGCUAGGUUUAGCAUCACGACUGCCAGCUACCGUGGCAAGGCCUUUGCUCGCACCACAACAGAGGUUAAUGGCCAGCUAUGCCACUGAAACUCCCGCCACCCCUUUUACACAACCUGUCCAGUCGUUCCUGCGCAAAUUUGAUACCAACGAACCACUGUCCAUCAUAGAGCUUGAGCGUAGUGUAUUUGGAGCACCUAUCCGACGAGAUAUCUUGCAACGUGUUGUUGUUUGGCAAAGAGAUAAUUUGCGUCAAGGAACACAAUCAACUAAAGGACGUGCAGAUGUUCGGGGUACAAGUAAGAAGGGAGCGCAACAGAAAGGUCGCGGUAAAGCUCGUGUUGGUAGUAUGCGAGCACCUCAUUUCCGAGGAGGUGGUAUUGCAUUCGGACCUAAGCCUAGGGACCACUCUACCGAUUUGCCAAACAAGGUUCAAUUGAUGGGACUUCGAGUUGCUUUGAGCGCCAAGUACGCACAAGAUCAAUUAGUUGUGGUUGAUAGUCUUCAAGCUCUCAAAACCCCCAAGACCAAGGAGCUUCAGCGCAUCUUGGAUACUGCCCAUGCUGAUAACUCAUCCAUCUUAAUCAUGGCUAACGAGCCGGAUGCGAAGCUCGAAAUGGCAGCAGGUAAUCUGUCACGAUGUGGAGUUUUGGGUCUUGAUGAGAUUAAUGUUCUCAGCCUGCUCAAGUUCGACAAACUUAUCAUCGAGAAGGAAGCUCUAGAUGAGUUGGAGGCCUUUCUUAAACACUAAAAAAUUUGUAGAAUAAUGAUUUCCAGAAAGAUGUAACAAACAUAAAAUUAAAAUAAAUAAAAUAGAGCAUUCCAGUAAUCAA